GAUUUUAUGCAAAGGCCGCCCGCUUGCGAUUGCUGGAGGGCUACAAGAAAUAAUCCGGAACAUUUUCAGAAUAACCACAAUGAUGUUGAGAUGAUUGCAAAGCUCCGAACCGCAGGUUUCUGCAGUGGGGAACUAACGCGCUAUUUCUCGAACCAACUAGAACAGCAAAGUAUCGACUAUCCGCUCUCGCUGUCGUCGCUGAACUCAUGCAUUCGUGUACCGCCGACGGAUUCCGAGGAUACAGCAGAUUCAUUAAGACCGACGUCGGUUUCAAUUUACGCCGACAUCGGACACAUGACCACUUACUGCAGGUCGAACCUCACACUUUUGCAAGCAGGUAUAUUGGAUUCAUGCGACCAUCGGUCGUCAUCAAUGGAACUUCCAUCAUUGGACAAAAUGCUGAAGAUAUUCAAUCCUGACAUGGUCGUCGUGAACAACAACAAACGUGAUGACAGCCUUGCUGAUCAAGCCAGAGCGGUUGCGUCUCAGAUACAGCAAACGGAAGGAUAUGAAAACAUAUGGAAGCUAAUUGUGAUCGCGGCAUCCAUUCAGGAUGGCCAAGCAUCGGAAUCACGACAAACAGCUGUUGAAGUGCUUGGAGCUAUCCAAGAACUUCACCGACUUCUCACGCUGAAAACGUUCAUAGUUGUUAUUCGAACAUCCGGUGAUGGUAUUUGGUCGAAUGCCAGCCAUUCAAACAAGGCAUGUCAAAGGAUACUCAACGAGUGGAAGUCGCAUAGUCGUUAUAAUUCGAUUUCCGUGUGGGACCAGAUGGAAAUCAUCGUCCAAAAUAAUUUCCGUGAGCAAGAUUUUACUGUGGAAGUGUUUCCGCUGCUACGGGAAUCGACACUUUCUACUCUUCUAGAAGAGAUGGACUUGAGUGUUCUCGGUUAUGACUGUGCUCAUUUUUCUGAAAGAGGAUUAUCGUUACUGCAUACAGCGAUCUGGAACUCUUUCUUCAUAAAAAACAGCAACAGGCUACGCGAAUAUCGCCCUUUAGCGUCACCGUUACUUUGCCCAGAUUUUAGAUGUCCAUUCUUUCGUACCCUCACCAAUAGUGGACUCUGCAUCUGGAAUCCCCUAAAGGUGUGGAUUGUAGAUUACCUCUAUCCACCGAACUAUACACGUAUUCUGCUGAUGAUUGUGGUGUUGUUUCUCAUUUUUAGAAAACCUCGUCGAACUGACGACAUUAGGAAACCGACGCAGGCGUUCGGUGCCAGUCUCAGUUCUCUUAAAUUCAUCGACGAAGAUGUUGUUUAA